AAAGAAAAUACGAGGUGUAAAGAAGGGAGAGAAUCAGGAGAUAGGAGAGGGACAGGAGGAGCGUGCCGUUGAGCUUUGUUGCUAUAGACACACGAGGACGAUUACUAGAAGAGAAUCUCACAGUACUUCCGGGUCAAGGAGCAGUACAGCACUGGUGUACACACGUUUCUACGUGAGUCUUCAAAACGGCUUUUCAUGACGAAGUGGUUUUCGUGUCCGAGAAGACAGGAAGAUACAACACCGUGGCAAAUGUCUUUAUUGAUCAGGCUCAACGUCUGGCCCUACAGAGGGAGAUAGACAAGGAGUCCCUGUCCACGGUUUCGGUCAGAUCACUGAUGGUCCAAGCCGACACAGGCAACAGGAUGGUUACCAUGAAGAAGACGAACAAGAAGAGUGGGAAGGACACCCACGCUGAGGAAGAGAUCUCAGAAAACACUUCCAUAAACCAAGGGAAUAACGAAGGAGUGAAGAAGAAAAAGAAGACGAAAGUAGAGACUCUGGUAGAAGAAGAGCAGGUGUCAUCCAAUGGGGAAUGGGGGAAUACGGAAGAAAAGCAGGAGAAACAGAAAGGGAAGAAGAGGAAUAAGUUGUCGUCUGGGACUGACAUCAACGGUGAGGAAGCCAUGACUAAUGGAAAUGACAGAAGGUGUGGCCAGAAGAAGAAAAAACAGAAAGGUGUUAAAACGGAGGAAGAGACAGAACAGAGUGAAUUAAAGGACGAGAAAGGAGUAGUGGAAAAUGGGCCGAAGCAGAAAAAAAAGAAGCUCUCUCAGGCAGAAGAGACAGAGAUCAGCGUUGUCAAGACACAGGAAGGAGAGGUGAUAGAAAUAAAGGAAGGCAAGAAAAAGAAGGGAAAAACAGAGGAAGAAAAGAAAGUGAAAAAGAUCCCUAAAGCUGCUGAACCAACUGAGGAGAGUCAGGAGGGGGAGACGAAGAAGAAAAAGAAGGGUAAGAAGAGAGCAAUCGCAGAGAAAGAGAGCAGAGAGGCAGAGAAAGAAGUGAUAGUAAAGAAGAAGAAGGGAACUGAGGCUACAGUAGCAGUACAUGAGGAGGAACAGAAUAACACCAAAAAGAAAAAGAAGAAACCCAAGUCCUCCAGCAGCGCUGCAGACACCACCAUGGAGACGGAAGGAAAGGAGAAGGGCAAGAUGAAGAAGAGAAAGGCCUCUGCACUAGCAGAGAAGGAGGAUGUGAUGGUGGUGGACAAGCGGAAGCCCAAACAGACGAAAAGGGUGGAUACGAAAGGAGUAGUGGAACAGGCGGAGGACGGAGAGAGCGAGGGAAGGAAAAAGGUAAAGAAGAGCUCCUCUGGGGUAGAGACAGAAAUGGAGGGCAGCACCCCUCACAAGAAAGGGAAGAAGAUUCCGACGAAGGGGAAAAAGAAGAUAAAGGUGGAGAGCUGCGCCCCUGAAGACCAGGAGAGGGACCAGACGGACGUGGUUUUCCUGUCGGAGACCAGGGGAAACGCCUUCGAGAUCCAUAUUGAUCAGGGGAGACGCCUGGCCCUGCAGAAUGAGAUCGACCAGAAGUCCAAUCCAGUCCAACUCAUAGCAGCACCGGUACCAUCGGGUUUGGGCCAGUGGGGCACUGCCCAGUUUGACAGUUCCGACCAACAUAGUAAGUUCCUGCGGUUGAUGGGCGGCUUCAAGAAGGGCGGGCAGCCAAUGGCAGCGAGCGGUGCGACGGGAGGGCGGGCCAACAUGGCGCUGACUAAAGACGGACAGCAGAGCUUGCAGCAAGGCCUACUGGGGGAAUUUGAGCGCGCUCAGUCGCGCCGCAUGGACUUCACAGGAAGGGGGGCGGGACUUGGGUUCUCGGCGCCGUCUAAUAACAAGUUCUCGAUUGACAUCAACAAAACCCGAUCGGUGCGCUUCGAUGACUGAGUCGGGACCCUUGAGUGUGUCUAGCAUCCCAAACGGAUGUGGAUGAGUGUGUGUGUACCUUUUCUCUUGCAGAGUCUUGGGAGUGUCUGUCUGUCUGUGGAUGGGGUGUUUAUGAAUGUAUAUACGGUACCAGUCAAAGGUUUGGACACACCUACUCAUUACAGGGUUUUUCUUUUUUUUCUUUUUCUAUUUUUUACCUUUUUCUACAUUGUAGAAUAAUA